ACCUUGAUAGAAAAUAAUACCCUUCGACAACGGAUUCGUGAUCUCGAGAAGCAGAUAGUUUCCCAGGAGGCCGCUGUAUUCGCUGCCACUUGCUCUACUCCUGUCCUCCGGCCUGCAUUAGUUGCAGGAUCGCCUAGUGACAAUCAGAUUCAACAGCAGCAGGCGCCGUCACACAAUGUACAACAGCGACAACAGGUUCAACUUUCGCCAGUAGCGGGUCACAAACAUCGUCAGUUGCAUCAUCAUCAUCAUCACCAGCAGCAUAUGCAAAUUAUUGCAGUGAGCUGCUAA